GGGAGUACAUGCUGAAACCAUUUCUGCAGAAGAGACAGAAGGAAAGAUCGCACAGAAAUAAACUGACUGACGUCGGUACACAUCUUGUGGAUAUUUUAUUUAUUUAUUUGUUUAUUUAUUGAAUUCCAAUGGACCACAUUUUAAAAGCAUUCAUGUGUUAAUUACAGAAGGAAACACCAAUCACCUGCAACCUUAUUACCACAAGGGAAAAAAAGCAAGUGGAUCGUUUUUCUCAGACAUGUCUACUGAAAAACACGGUUUAGAGGAAGGAUGUCCCCAGAUGUCUCCUCCACCUUACAUCCCCAACCAAGAUGGUCCACCAUGCAACAAUCAAGCUCAGUAUCCUGGGGCUCCUCCUCCUGUCCCAGAAGGCUAUGUCCAGGAGACCCAGUUUAAUUGUGGACCUGGGGGUCAAAAUCCCCAAGGCUAUACUAUCCAGACCCAGCCACCACCUGGGGGCAUGCCUGCAGGAGGCUACAUUCACUCGGGGUACCCUCUCCAGCUACAGCCUUGUACUGCUUACCUGCCCGUGUAUCCUAUAGGGACAGCGGGUCAAUCCUAUGUGCAAGGAAGCGGACCAGUACCACCUGGAAUGGCACCGGGGCAGAUGCAAAUGCAAAUGCCCCCUGGAAUUGCCAUUGUGGAGCCAAGACGCCCGCCUCAUGACUAUCUACCAAUCGCUGUUCUCACUACCGUUUGCUGCUUCUGGCCAACUGGUAUCAUCGCAAUCAUCAAAGCUGUGCAGGUGCGAACAGCGGUAGCUCGUGGAGAUAUGGUGUCAGCCGAAAUUGCAUCCAGGGAGGCUCGGAACUUCUCCUUCAUCAGUCUUGCCGUAGGCAUUGCCUCGAUGGUGCUGUGUACCAUCCUGACCGUGGUGGUCAUCAUAGCAGCACAGCACCAUGACGAGGACUGGGAGCCGUAGUGGAUGUCAGAAACUGUAUACAAGAUAGAUGAAGCUCUACCUUCCAUCAUUCCCUUGGAUGUCAGAGCAUUGCAUCUCUCUGACUUAAAAGCUCCCCACCACCCAAACUGCCAAGCUGCUAUCUGACAGAAAGUUCCCUAGUGCCCUAAUCUUUAUUUAGAAUUUUAUAGUAUCCCUUUAUACCUCUCAAGCUACAGCACGCCAAUACAACACAGAGCAAUUCCUAAACCUAUGUCCCCAAUUAUAUCCCUGCCACAUUCUCAGUAUUGCAUCCAUCUAACUUCAUCUCAAAGUCAUCUCAGUUUUAUUAUGGCUGCCCUUCUUUUUGCACCUUCCAAUAUGCAGACCGUUCAUCUCAGACUUCAUCUUUCCAAUUAUCUUUUAAGUAUAGGCAUAGAAGUGCAGAAGAUAAGUUCAGUAUUUUUGAAAUAUUUUUACAAUCAUAUCAUACACAAAUUUGCCACAGAAACAUCCACUGUUAAGUAAAUCUGUAUUUCUGAAAUUAAAAAAAAAAACACUUCUGCCCCAGCAGCUUACAACUGCAGCCAAUGGUGUAUUAGGAAAAAAAAAACUUACCAGAAUGAAGCCCAUAUUGGCAAUCUCUAAUGUAGAAUAGAAUCCUGAAGUAAAACUUGGGUUUGGAGCUGUUUAGUAUGACAUUGCUGUUCAUAUAAAAUAGUUCUGAAAAUGCAUAUCCAUAAUUGAAAAUAAAAUAAAAAACGGGGUGUCUGUACUUUCCACUGCAAUAAAAAUCCGACUAUACCUUCAGUAUUCUUGAAGCCAGUUAUCAGUAACCAUGGUCCUCAGGGUUGUUGUGUACAUGGAGAAGAAUCAAGGUAAACAUUGAAACCAGACUUACUUGAAAAUGGCGCAGUCUCACAUUACUUAAACAAGCUGCAUAAAUGAUAUGGAUUUUCAAAAACCUAUUCACAUGCAAAUUAUUGGCUCAAUAUAAACAUAUUCAGCAAUUUCAAGACAUUUAUUCUGGUGUUCCAUUGCUUGCUGUAGUAAGCUGCUUAGAAAGACAGUUUUAUUUUUUAUUGUAAUUUUAUAAAUUCAAUCACACUUGACAAUGCAAGUUUUGGGCAAAUGAAUGUAUGAUACCACUGUCUACCAGUCCACUACAAGUAAGUUUCUGUUACUUUUCUGUUAAAAAGAAAUUUGGAAUUAAAAACACCGAAUGUAACCCUUCACGUCUGAAUCGUCACCACAUUCCAGGUACAGCCUCAACACUCCAUAGCAUCCUACUUCUGGUGUACAACUUUCCACAAUAUUUGAACUGCUGUAACUGCUUGCAUUUUCCUAAAAGUUGUGCAUUUCGUACUACAGGCAUCUCUUAGCCUGACUAAUAGAAUGUGUAAAAUGAAAUCUCUCAAAAGCCUGGCUGCUGUGAGUCUCACAUUAAGUGUACAGUACAGCAGUGGAAUUGCUACAGAUCCAGUAUAUGAUAAAAUCUCAAUGAACCAUUGCUGAGCUUCCAAAAUUUUCUUUUGGUCUUAUUGCUCCAAAAAUGUAAAAAUCUCUUAAUGAGGCCAACAGAAAUCUGUGACUAUCCUUACAAUUGUGGUUUCACUCACCACAAUACUGCCACGGCUACACAUUUUGGAUACAUCCAUCACAGCAUUCUAACUGAAGCACGUUUUGCUCAUCGUUUCUUUAUUGUCCUGAUUUAUGUACUGUAGCAAAUAUUCGAAACAUUGGGAAUUUCAUAUAAACUCUCUCCCAUAUGGCAGCCACUGAAGGAAGGGUUUGUAGUUAACUUCAUUACACAAUUCUGCAAAGUUAUGAUGCAAUCCUGACCACUCACCUUAUUUUUGUUCUAAAUAAUAAAAUAAUAAUCAACUCAGUCCCAAAUGGUAUUUUGUACUCGCAUUGAAUUUGGGGAGUUGCAAUACUUUUGAAAUGAACUUUUUCAGCUUUUUAUUUACACAAAAAAUAUUUCUUUUCUUACAGUUUAAGCAGAAAAUGAACAAGCACCUUACAUUCAUCCCGUAUCUCUAAUCAGAAAUGCAAAUUAAAUUUGUGAAGGCGUGACUACACAAAUGGUAACUUCAAAAAUUCCUGUAGCAUGUCAACACAGGUGACUAAACCCUCCAAAAACUCAUCUGCUGUGAAUCACACAUUGAAUUAUCCUAAUAGCAGAACAGUUGUAUUUUAUCCUCUACCAAACAGACUUCCUCUUGCAUCUAAGUACAUUUUUCCAGCAUCUUGAAUUUGUACUUCUUGAAUGACACUUCUCAAAGUCAAACCCAUAAUCUUGUUUGUCAUCCCAAGUGACAGGACAUGUUUAAGCACUGCAUGUGUGAUGACUCCUCUUAAACGCUUCACGUCUAUGACUUCAUCACCACAACACCAUGAAUGUUGCUCUUUCAAAAUAUCACCAACAUCUUGAACAUUAUAUAUUUGACCACGUACCCUCCUCAUCAUUUCAGAUAUUGCAUGUGGCCAAAGAAUUGACUCAGUCUUGACAGUUUCCUCUCCGUGACUCCAUCACCUCAAUGUCUCAGACGCUAUACACUAAAAAGGCCAUCAUCUUCCUGUCUGUUAUGUAUUUCAGAUUACAUCUAACCAUCAUCCCAUCUGGUAGACAUUUUUCACAGCGUAGUAUCUUUGAAUGAAAAAGUCAGCGUCGAUUUUUUAUGCCUCUGAGUACAUUGCCUUUAUAUCCCAAAUGCUGUAAAUUACCCAAAAUCUUACCAAUGUCCUGAAGAUAACAUAUUUCAAUCCACAUUUUCACAUUAUCUAAACCAGUAGCACAUAUUUUACCACCAGAUACUACCACUGACUCAGUCUGGACAUGCAAGUAUCAUAAUUCCACCACCCUAAUACCUAAGAUUUGUACCUAAUAUCCAGAGCAGAAUGUGUUUCUGACUACAUCUUUUAAUUAUUCCAAAUUACAGCACAUCUUUUACUAAAAGGUGAAUUGAAAAUUAGUUGCAAGUCUCUAACAAAACUGCCCCAACAUCCUGAAUGCUGUAAAUUAGUGUUUCAUUUUCUUCUCGUGACCCAUUCUUGCCUUUUUUUGUGUCUUCGAGUCCCAGUCCAUGGCAGAGCAAUGUCAAUAGCAAACCAUAUGAGACCCAUUUAUCCUAAAAUCAGAUAAACAUCACAAAUGUUACAUGGCUUAGAUUACAUCUUUAUGUUGCAUUAGAACAAUCUAGACAAGAACAGGCCAUUCAGCCCACCAAAGCUUGCCAGUCUUAUCAACUUAAUUCUCCC